AUUCAGGAUAAAGAUGGUGGUAGUUGUUAGUUUUGCCUAAAAUCAGGAGUUUUUUCUAAGGAUUUAUUUUAAUACCAACGAUCCUUUUUCUACCGUAAGAUAUUUGAAACUAGCAUUAGAAAGGGCUGAAUAAGCACAUUGAGCUAUAAAACCACCAAGAAAAAUUGGCAUUUAUGGUGAAUGAAUGUGGACCAAAUCGUUUAAUAUCGAGGUGAUAGUGAUAUGUUUCCUGUCACUCAUCCCCUGGCCAGGUCCCAGUGUCUUCAAGAUACAAUGUUCACGCGAGAGCGCCCGAGUUGUUCGGAAGAUUGUGCAGUCCAAGUGGCUACCAAUCCUGGACAAAUACCAAGUAAUAUUGCCCCUGGAGUGUCCUUUUCAUCCAAUGAGAGAUAUCUUUGGGCCCCAGAAUUCUGCCAAGAAGCAGAAUCGACCGAGUCAGUGGACCUGUGGCUUCUGUGGCAAGAGUUUCUACGAGGAGAAAUUUCUGGAUUUGCACUUCGACAAUCGCCACAAGAACAACAUCAAUAUGGCCGAAGACGCUGUAUGCUUAGCGGACUAUUGCGACAUCAUGCGCUGUGAAGUGCUCCUCAGCCACGACUCAACGUUAUCUUUUGGGGACGCUGCUAUUAUUUCCACGGACAUUGAAGUGUGGAAUGAAGCAACAGCCUAUAGGACUGCCAUGACACCGUCCGGGCCAAGAGAUCUCGCCAGAGUUCCCCUAAGAACCAACUUCUUUCCACCACUUUCAGUCUUUGUCCCGGGCACCAGAGAGGCUAGUGGAAGUGAUGCAGGGCACAAGUCUAGAAAGAAGCAAUGCAAAAGCCAGACAGAGGAUGCCAAUGAGGGUGGAGGAGAACAAUCCAGUGACAAUCUUAAUGCAGCUGAUGAGGAUGAAGAGUCCGACGAUGGGAACAACACGUCAGCUUGUGAUAAGAAUCUUGUAGAUUCUGCUCUGCCCGCAAUAGACAAGAAACAGCAGAAACUGUCUGAGCUACAACGACUUAAGGCAAACUGCAAGACCGAAGAUCUAGAUCUGCUGAAGAAGAAGUGUGAGGUCCUGAUACGAGAUUGUAUCGAGGGUCUCUUGGUGAAUCUGUCUCAUCAAGAUUUCAAAGAAAUGGAAGAUGAACUCAAUCGGGCUGUUUGCUGGUACCUUACAUGCGAGAGAUAUUGGGAAGACAGUCCAUCGGAACCAAAGCCAUUCCCCUGGGGUUUGGUCUUUGUUCUUGUGAUGGUUCUCUCGUUGGGAGUUUGCUUCUGCUACUACAUCAUUUGGGUUCUCUUUGAUAGUUCCGAUGAUAUGACCAUUUCAUCAAGUACCCAAGCUACAGCGAGAUCUAGUCCUCUCCAUGCGCGGCAUCAUCUAGCGCAACCUUCACAGCAGACUCUCUAUUCACAUGGACCUGGUGCUCCUGGCACUGUGGCAGAAACAAGUAGUACAGCUGCAGGAAAUAGUGGUUUCUCGGAGGAAUUCUACUCUGCAGCAACGGAGAUGGGCGAUAUGGGACAAAAUGAGCACUACAUCUACGUAACGUAUCCACCAGAGUUGAAACGUCGACUUUUGGAAAGCUGCUACAAUCGAACAACGCGGUUGUGAGAGUCGAUAGAUGAGUAUGGAGUAAUUAGAUGUAAUUGCAGUAGGAUAUCUAGGAUAAAAGUCAACAGUUCUUUACUAACUUUGAUAACAAGAGCAUAUUCAGUCAAUAACUUAGCCAAAAUAUUCAUAAUGUUACUACCGAAGAAAAUUUCUAACUCACAUAUAGUACUCAAUUUCAAAAUUUGUAGUAGAUGAUAUACUUUAUUUAAAAUUAACUUUAGAAUUUUUGUUUCAAGUUUUAGCAUAUAAAAAUGUGCAAUUUGUGCCUCAUUCAUGAUUUUUUAUUUGUAAUUUUUGGUUAUGACAAAAACAGCAAUAGAAUUUUUGUACAUCGAACCAAUGUAUAGCGUAAGAAGUAAUAUAAAAUAUAAUUAUUUAUGUCUUUUAUAAGGGUCUAUACAUGAAUGUUGUAUUGUGAUUGAUAUUGUCGAUAUUGCCCGUAGUUCUCAUUCUAGUUUAUUGAGAAGGUUACAUUGACUAAAUUAUUAAUAAAAUUUCAGUUCUGGCCUUGUGGCUUGCAAUAGACCGGGACCGUACAGCUUUAAAAGGCAAAAAAAUUAAGCUCUACUUAUUUUUCCAUGCUAAAGGCUUUUGGUUACACGAAUUUAUUCCAUUCUUUUCGUUCUACAGAAGAAUUUUGAACUCAUCGAGUGGCGGAGAAAAUCUUUGGCAGUGUAGUUUUCCUCCGCUACUUCACGUUCCAUAUUUAAAAAAAAAUCUAUUAGGUGUGAGUCCUUCCUAAUCACAUCUAUUUGCAUUAAUUACAAAUGAAGUAUUGUUGCGAUUUUUGAUCCACAAAAAAUCUUCGAUCAUAAGAACAUUGUCAGAGGAGACUUUGGUAGACGGUCAGACCUACUUUCCUCGGAUAAAGUUUUAUCACUGAGAGAAAUCCGAAAAAGUUAAAAUAACAUUCCGGAAAUGUUAAUUUUACCCUGCAUUAUUGAUCGGAAAUCGGUGUAAAUAUUAUACUUUUUAGGUGUAUUAUGGGUUAAAGUUACCCUUUUUCAGGUUAAUUUUACACUUAAAAUGGUGUAAAAUUAACAUUAAAAAAAUAUUGAUAUAUUUUUACACCUAAAAAGUGUUAAAGUUACGAGAAAAAAAAUUAAUCGCACCCUCUUUUUUUUCUCAGUGAUCAGAAAUAUACGUUUACAUUGGUUCGCUAUUAAGUAUUAUUAUUAAAAGUUUAGUUUAGUAUUAUUUAGAAAGAAAAAUCUAAAAAUUAUUACAUUAUAAAUUAGGGAAGAAGGAGGCAAUUUCAAGCAACAGAUUUUUUUUAGUUGAAAUUCAUUACAAUCAACGGACUAAAUUGAUAAAAAUGACUUGACGCAAUUUCUUUUGAAAGAAAAAUAACAAAAAAAAAACAAUUUGUAUUAAAAAUAUUACACUUCAAACUUAACAGAAGGACUUGAAACCCAUUAUUAUUAAUGAAUAUGGACAGACUGUCCACCUGGAAAACCUCUAAUUGGUCUUUCGAUUCAGUUCGAGCAGACACAUUUUUAUUUUCAGGAGUCAUACAUGCCUGAAACUGCCUCACUCUUCACUAUUAAAAACAUGAGUAGAAAUAAUGUAAAAAAAAACUAUUUUAGAAUGAAUGAUUUUGUUUUUCAUUUAAUCUUUCUCAAACAAAUAUAAAUGAUCUUUUCUUAAAUAAUUCUUGUUAGAAAUUAUAUGACUCAUUGUAUUAAUAUUGGUAGAAUGUAGAGUUGGUAAAUUUCAAGAAAUUUCAUGAAUUUCCGCCUAAAGUAGAUGGCGACUGCUGUGAAAUUUCUGAAAUUUUACCAUCUCUAGUAGAAUGUAAUUUAAAACUUUAGUACCUGUUUUAGUUUCACUUGAUAUUGACAAAAGAAGAAAAUCUUCAAUUGAAAAAAAUAACAUCAAAUGUUUUCUAGCUGAAUAAUAUUUUUUUCAAACAAGGCUUGGAAACCUAUGGGAUAAAUUAACAUCAAUAAAGCCCAUAAAGAAAUCCACAAUUCUCUGUGUUUUAUUUAAAUUAAAAAGGCCGUUCUAUAGUGUGAUUAGUGAUACUAUUGCAAUGAAAAAUGAACAAAAUCGAAUUAGGUGUGAUUCUUUAUAAUUACAGUAGACUCUUCGAUAUCCGGCUGACUGAGGGACAAAAUGACAUUUAGAUUUUUUGAAUGAUCAACGGUUUUUCUAUUUUGCGCAGUGUGAAUUUAUUUUCUGUCUGACAAAGAAAAAGAGAAUUUUCUUCAUGGUGUCCUUAUGUUUCAUUUUUUAUCACAAUUAUGUAUUAAAAACUUCGAUACAAUGUUAAUAAUACUUUAAUUCACUCUGGACAAACUUCAUGUUUAGUGAAAAUAAUUUUGAAUAUAUCAACCGCCAGUGUUUGGCAGCUGUCACCCGGAUAUCGAAGUGCUGGAUAUCGAAGAGUCUACUGUACACUUAUUUUCUUCACGUUGGUUUCUGUCACGACUAUUUGGUGAUUUAGAAGACGGCGAUGACUGGGGAAAACAAUCGAGACAGGAACCAAAACAAAGAAAUGUCGAUAAUACAGAAGCCUUAAGAAUAGCGACUUUCCAAAGAAGACAUGUUCAUUUUUCAUUGAAAUAUUUAUUAAUUAUAUAUUUAUUUAUUAUUUUAGCCGUUUUAGAAAUGGUUCUUGGUCAUAAUAAGCAGAUAGGCUUUAAACAAACCUACAAAAUGAGUCACGGGGAGGCGGUAGAACAUAAAAAGCACCUUAAUUUUUGAAAAGAGGUCAAAAAAUUCCCUUUCAACCCGAUUUUCAAAUAAAUACUUAUAUACUUUU